AUGGCGGCAAAGCCGACUAAUUACAUGCCGAAUCUCAGAGGCGAGAUGGCUCAGGAGAAAAACAAUUUCACUCAGACUUGUGUACUGGUCUGUUCUCUGAUCCUAAUCGUGAUCGCGUUCGCCCUCAGUGCUGCUGGCCUAUUCAGCCCUAGCUGGCAGGUGGUCGAUAUACGGGAGUUCCGGGCCGAACAUCAUGUAUGUGGUAUCCGGAAAAAUCUCACGAGUGUUCACUUGACUCCGUUUUUUUGCAGCACGGUCUAUGGUUGGACUGCACUCGUGCCGAGCGAUACUUGGCUACAGUUGGGCAGGAUUACAGUGAUGGGCAACCGCUACAUUGCACAUACAAGUUCGAUUACUCUGCUAGUGAUCGGCGAAAACAUGGAAGACAUCGAUCAAAACAGCGCAGCUGGCGAAAGUGAACACCACCAGUUUUUCGCGUGGCACAAGGCGGUUCUUGGAUGUCUCAUCGUUUCCUUGCUCUUCGCCUCGUUGGCUCUUUGCUGUGGACUGUGUGCGCCUUGCAACGGUGGAUGUGCAGUGAUUUUCUCCAUAUUCGUCUUCCUCUCAUGUAAGAUUUACUUUAAGGUUCUUCAAAAGGUGUUCAUGGCUGUAAUUGGCGAUGGCAUUUUCUUCUUUGCUGCUCAUCGGGUCGAUAAUCGAUUUGUUCAAGGACUUGUUGGGACAUACGAGCAACAAAUUGGUGUCGCAUUCUAUCUACAUGGCUCCGGUACACUUGUUCUCAUGUUCGGAUUUCUUGUGGCCGUGAUUGCGUCAUAUCAAAUCCUUCGAAAAUCUGAGCUAUCAAACUCACUACCCCUACGGGAACUUGCACCUUUAUACGGAUCUCGAAUGAGAGAAACAUUUGCCUGA